AUGAACUUGGAUGUUGUGCAUAGCACUCACCAGAAUGAUCUUUAUGUUCCUGAAGAUGAACGAGUCAGUCUGAACGUUAGAAACCUCAAUGUACUAUUCAAGAAGAAGAAACAACACAAGACAUGGAAACAAAAGAUAUUAAAAUCAAAUGGUGAUGAAGAAAAACAAGUUGAUAACUCUGAUGCUAAACAAAUCCUCAACAAUAUCAGUUUUGACUUACCAAAAGGUCAACUAUUAGCCAUUUUGGGUGCUUCAGGUAGUGGUAAAACAACGUUACUGAAUACUCUUUCUUCAAGAAUGAGUUUUGCCAAAAAUUCAAAUAAUCCUUUCAAAUUUGAAGGUUUGAUCCAAUAUUCACAAACAAAUCCAAAUAUUUCAUAUUUAUUACAAGAAGAUUUAUUCAUGCCUGGGUUAUCAGUUAGAGAAACUUUAAAAUUCACAGCACAGUUAAAAUUACCAAAUUCAUCAAACCAAGAAAUUGAUAGCUUGAUUGAUUAUUUGUUUGAAGCUUUAGAUUUGAAAAAAGUUGAAAAUACAAUGAUUAAUGACUUCAAGUAUAAUUGUACAUUGAGUGGUGGUGAAAAAAGAAGAGUAUCAUUAGCUAUUCAACUCUUGACCAAACCAUCUGUUUUGUUUCUGGAUGAACCAACCACAGGUCUUGAUGCCAACACUUCAAUUCAUUUAGUUCAAAGUGUUAAGGAUCUUGCUGCUAAUUUUGGUAUAACCAUUAUAAUGACUAUUCAUCAACCAAGAUCUGAAAUUUUAGAAAUUGUUGAUCAAUUAUGUUUAUUAGCAAAAGGUGGUUCAAUGUUGUUUAUGGGUUCAUUAGAAGAAGGUAAAUCUUAUUUCCAGGAAAAUCAAGUCAUUCAACAAGAUAAGUUGGAGGAGGAUGAUUCUAAUUUUGCUGAUUAUUUACUGAAAAUAUCUGCAAUUGAUCAAACAGAUUCAAAACAAGUGGAAAUGGAAGCUAAAGAACGUGUUAACAAACUUGUAUCACAUUGGAAAUCAUUCCAAUCUUUAAACUCUGAGAUUGAAUUUGCAGACUCAUUUGCAAAUGGUAAACCAAUUUUCAAUCAAGAUAAACUUAAUAAACCUUCUUUAUUUAAAGAAAUUGGUGUAUUAAUGCACAGAUGUACUUUACUUACAAUUAGAGAUUCUGAAAGUAUGAUUACAUUCCAUGGUAUCAUGACAAUUCUUGCUAUUAUCUUUGGUUAUGCAUUUUAUAAACCUGGCGGUGGUUUAGCUGGUAUUAGAUCAACAACCUCAUUACUUUAUGUCUGCUGUGAUUUCUUAGGGUUUACACCAUUACUUUAUGAAGUUGAAAGAUUAUGUGCUACCGAUGGUAGGUUCUUUGUUAGAGAUUAUAAAGAAGGUAUACAUUCUAUCACAGGUUUUUUGAUAGCUCGUAAGUUAGUCAAGUUAAUAUUUGAAGAUAUUCCAAUAACAAUUGUAUGGUCCCUUAUUACUUUUUACAUGGUGGGGUUAAAUGAAACAAGUAAUUUUGGUAUUUUUUUCAUUAAUAAUUUCUUAAUUUAUGGAGUUGGUAUGUCUACAGCAUUAAUUUGUUUUGUUUUAGGGAAAUACGAGUUCGGUGCUGCUAAUUUAAUUGUUAAUUAUUUUUAUCAAUUACAAAACUCAGCAUGUGGUUAUUUUAUUAAUGCUAAAACCAUGCCAGUGUAUGUUAGGUGGACAAAAUAUUUAGCAAAUUUUUGGUAUGGAUUUGGUUCAUUAGUUUCAAACACUUUUACAAACUAUACAGGUGAUUGUCCUUAUGAACCUGGUAGUGGGGAAUGUUAUGAAUAUACUGGUGAAUAUGUAUUGGAAAAUUUGGGUUAUCCCAAAAAUUGGUUUGUUACACCAAUUGUGGUAAAUAUUGCUUGGAUGAUAUUUUUUAGUAUUUCAAGUGGUGUAUUACUUUGGUAUCAAUCCAAAAAACAAACUGUUAAAACUGUUAAACCAAUCUUACCAAAAGCUAAAACUAUUUUCAAUGAGAAUACUCUUCAAAAUAAAGAAAUCUUGAAUAGGAUUUAUUCAUCAAGAUUUAAAAGUGAAAUUCUUAUUAGUUUAAAAGAUAUCAAACUUACUUUAAAACCAUCAUUUUUAAAAAAUAAAAUAUUACAUAAACCAUAUGAAGCCAAACAAUUAUUAAAAAGUAUCAAUUGUUCAUUCAAACCAGGUGUUAAUGCCAUCAUGGGUCCUUCAGGUUCUGGUAAAACAACAUUAUUAAAUUUCGUUACUGGUCGUACCCAAAAAAGUACUAUUUCAACUCAAGGUGAAGUUUUCUUGAAUCAAUCUGAAAUCCCUCAUGAUUUAUUAAAAAAAAUCACAACAUAUGUUGUUCAAGAUGAUAAUGUUUUAAUACCAACUUUAACUGUUAGAGAAACAUUGUAUUAUCAAGCUAAAUUAAGAUUAGAAACUUCUAGAUUUCCAUACAUUCCAAUAAUUAUUAAUGAUUUAAUAAGGAAAAUGGGUCUUAGUGAUGUUGCUGAUAUUCCAAUUGGUGAUUCUCAAGUUAAAGGUAUUUCAGGUGGUGAAAAAAGAAGAGUUUCAAUUGCAAUUCAAUUGCUAAAUGAUUCCAAGAUUUUAUUAUUAGAUGAACCAACUUCAGGUUUAGAUUCAUUUACAUCAAGUUCAAUUAUUUCAUUAUUAAAUGAAUUGGCUAUUUCAGAAGGCAAGACAAUUAUUUUAACAAUUCAUCAACCAAAAUUUGAAAUUUUCCAAAGAUUUGAUAAUAUCUUGUUAUUAGCUAAUGGUUCAGUUAUUUAUGAUGGUACACCUUUAGAAAUGAUUGAAUAUUUUGAUUCUAUGGGUCUUAAACCAGGUUCCGGAAUGAAUUUUGCAGAUUAUAUUUUGGAUGUUAUUUCAAAUAGAAGUGAAAAUGGACCAGAAACUGCUGCUAAGAUGAUUGAGAACUGGAAUAUUAAUGAAAAACAUGAAACUCUUGUUACUAAUAUCCCAAUCAAUAUGGAUGAUAAAUCUACUAAGAAAUAUGAUAUUGAACAAUUCAAACCAUUAAUCAAGAAACCACAUAGUUUAAAAAUUGCAUUUCAACCAAUUUUAGAAAGACAAUUUAAAGUCAUUUUAAGAAGUCCAAAUGUGUUCUUCUGUCGAUUUUAUCAAUUAGUUGGUUUAGCAAUAAUUCAUGCUUUAUAUUUUUCACCUUUGAAGCAUAAUUCAGAAUCUAUUUUAAAUAGAUUAGGUUUAAUUCAACAAGUUUUAGUGUUAUAUUUUGCAGGAAUGAUUAGUAAUUUAACAGUUUUCCCAAUUGAAAAAUCAACAUUUUAUCAAGAAUAUGAAGAUAAUACUUAUAAUCCAUUAACAUUUAUGAUUUGUUAUUUUUUAAAUGAAAUACCAUUUGAAACUGUUACUUCAUUUAUUUUUUCAAUUUUUAUAGUUUUAGUUAUUGGAUUACCAAGAACUGGUGGGAUGUUUUUCACAAUGGUUUAUAUGUGUUUUGCUAUAAUAAAUUGUGGUGAAAGUGUUGGGAUGAUGUUUACCACUAUUUUUGAUCAUUUAGGUAUUGCAGUUAAUUUUGUUGCUAAUUUAAUGAUUGUUGCUUUAUUUUUAGCUGGUACAAUGUCAAUUAAUAUGCCGGUUUUAUUUAAAGCUUUUAAUUAUAUCAGUCCAUUGAAAUAUGUUGUUUUGGCUAUAGCAGAUUUAAGUUUUUCAGGUCAAACUUUCAAAUGUUCAGAUGGAUCAAAUUCAUGCUCAUUAAGAACUGGUGAAGAAGUAAUGAAUCAAUAUAAAUUCAAUAGUAAAGUUUAUGUUAAUUUCAUUGCUGUUGCAGUUGUUUUGGUCUUGUAUCGUUUAGUUGCGUAUGGGAUCUUUGAACUUAAGGUUAGGGUUUUAAGAAAAUGA